UAUUCAUCAAAAAAUAUUCGAAACGCCGCUUUCUAACGUCAUUCCCGGUGCGUCCGUGCACAACUCCUCACGAUACAAUGCAAAACACUGACUUGCAACACUCACCACAUCAUACAUGCCAACACUAGGGUAUCUUUUUUCGGUCGAUCUCCGCUCUGUUGUUAAAAAACUUAGUUUUUACUUGAUACUCAGUUUACUAUUCUGUUUUAAAUUUAAGGAAAGGCUGGGCUCGAGUGUAGACAAACAUUUUAUAUUCUUGCAAUUUCCAAAAAUCAAAUUCGAUGUUGCAACUAUUAAGUAAUACCCGUGACAGACAUGUGACAAUACCAUAUAUGGUACAAAUACCAUAUGUGUAUCACCAAAUACUAGCAAAAUAACAUAUGAGCAUUGUAGUAUUUUGCUGAUAACUAAUAAAUAAAUGCUAAUAAAUACCAGGGAACGUAUAAUAUAGAGAAGGUUCAUGGUGUGCCGAUUGUCAUCACGUUCCUCUUUUUGGAGGGGUUGAGUUUUCUAUUAGUGGAUUUCACCACAAAAAUAUUAUUAGCGGAUUUCACCAAUAUUUAACAUGAAGGGGUCGAAAAUAGCAGAAUUGAGCAUUUUCAUUGUUAAAUGAGAAAAGUGAUGCUAAUUUCAAUGUUUACAAAUGUACACAGAGAAAAAUAUGGCUAAUAAAAAUAAAAAGAUUGUCUCUAUGAUCAGUUGCAGGGACCAAGAAGCGGACAGAAGUCAAAGACGAAGAUAUUUUCAUAGAGAUUUCUUCUUAUUUAUAUGUGGGAAAUCUUCUUAUUUUUAUUUAAAAGUUUAUCUGCUUAAAAUAAUGAGAAAACUUCUUGUUCGAUAAAUUCUGUCUAAAUGUAGGAGAAGGCGGUGAGAAGAGAAUGGAAGCGUACCGUUGCAAGUUCCAUUGAUUUCUUUUGACAUCUUUUUUUCCAUACUCUUGAAUUCAAAAAGUAACUGAAGUGUAUGAAAGAAAAUAGAAAACAAAAACGAAAUGUAAAUCACUAUAAGCAACAAUAACAUAAUGAUAUGUGUUGAGCACGCAACCAUAACAUACAUUAUACGCGUCGAAGUGCACGGGAUGUAGCCUUGCGUAUAUUAGUUAAAAAAAAAGAGCAAAUGCACAAACAAAAACAAACUAUUCACAAGCAUAAGCAUUUCAAUGUCGCCAAUCGUAACUGUAUUUCUAUCGGCUCGUGUUUUUGCAUGCUUAAGAUGAUGCAAUAAUUAUUGGGCAUCAGUCAGUAUUAACGUGAGUGUGGCCCGACGCGUGUCUUAUAAAAAUUGUGACAAGUUUGUAAAAUGGAUAUAUUCAGUUCGGAUGAAAAUAGUAACGCUCCUUGCACAUUAGAUGCAAUUGAAACGCUGCCCAUUUUUAAAUCAUGGGAGUUAAAUGAUGAUAUUUGCUCCAUUCUUGUGAACUACGGAGUGACAUCAACGAUAAUUUUAACAAAAAUGGAUUGGGAAGAUAUCGACUGUUUAUGUGAAAUAAACAAAUUUUUUGGCGAAUGCAUCAAGUUUAAAGCGGGAUUAAGAGAAUGGAGGAAGAACAUGAAUAUACCGCUUGUACGUGAUGCAAGCACCUUAUCUGCGAGUAGUCGAAUUUUGGAGUGGUUAGAGAAAAUUUCUGACGACUUAAAUGCAGCUAAAAGUUCAAGAGAUUCUUCACCAGUACUCCAGCCAACGUAUGAUAACUGCAUGGACAGUCGCAGCUUAACCGACCUUUUAAAAGGUACGGUUAAAGGGCAGCUUGUGCUUCACUUUCAGCAGAAAAAUGGUUUCUUGGACGCCAAGCAGCAGAAUACAUUGUGUCUCUGCAUAAUAGAGAAUUAUAUAGGAAGGCGGAAAAAACUGACAUAUGGAGAAAUGCAAAAGUGGGCCAACAUCAUCUGCGAUGUAUUCCCCAAAGAGAAUCCGGAAACAUAUUUUCUAGCAAGAAAAUAUGGUAAGAAAAAUCCUACGGGAAAGCUAUUUUCACGCUGGACGAAUGCUGACAAAACCAAUUAUAAAAAGUUUUCAACCGAUCGUACAACUACCGCUUCGCCAGCAGCUUUGUCCAGCGAUAAGUAUUACGAAAAGAAGUGCUGGCUACAGAAUAAUUGCACACCAUGGGAACAGGUUAUUGAUUACUGGAAGGAGACAUCUGGUCAAAGAAUUAUAGAUAUCCAUAACGCCAGUUCUUUAAGCUGCAUUUUUAGUGAAUGGCCGCGCUAUAAGGACUUUCGUGGAUAUGAACUUGUAGAAAUAGACUUUGAGACUCUUUACCACGGGAAAGGAAAUAUGUUAUUUUUGAAAUUGGAGAAGUUUUAUAAAGAAAUCCUCAAAAUUUUUGAUAGAGAUAUAAAAGACCGUGUUUCAAGGGAACUAUUCUUAAAGUAUUUGCACAUUGACAACAUCUCAAAUGAAUGUAAAUAUUGUAUAAGUACAAUUCUUCUACAUGCUUUGCUACAGCCUUUGAGGCUUAAUAAGGACAAAAAACCAACAAUAGCUGAUGCCCAAACAGAUUUCGUAACACUCGUUGCAACACGUAAUGAUAUUCAACCCACAAUAACUGAAUUGAAGAAUAAGUUUGCGGUAAGAAAGGAGAAACUACAGCCGAGAAUUAUCGUCGUUGGAUCAGAUUGGUCAUCCAUUUCAGAGUUUUAUGUUUUUUGCGAUGGUCUGCAAUGGAAAUGUACUACGUAUAUGAAGUGCGUUGACUGCAUUAUUAAACUAUCGUACGUUUAUAAGAUAGAGUAUUCACAAAGAAGCAAGCAAGUAUGGGCAUUUUUAAAACAAUAUUUUUUUGAGUUGAAAUCCGAAGAAUUUUCUUCAGUGGCAAAUCUUUUGAGUAAAUGAAACUAAUUUCGUCUAAUUUUGGUAUAAUGCCCAAUUUUGCUUGUUUCAUUUGUCAAAAAGCUCACUUAAAUCCUAUAGAGCUGAUUAAACAUCUAAAGUCAGCACAUGGUACUCCACCAGUUUGUAAAUUUCAAUGUAACGAAUAUAAUUGCAAACAAAUUUUUUAUAACAUUCACAGAUUUCAAAUUCACCUCAAAAAACAUUUGAAAAUAGAAAUUCGCAAUAGCCAAUCUUGUAAAGAAAAUUCUCUUGCUCUUAAUAUUCCAAUUAAAACAACUAAUUCAUCAAAUCAACUAGUACCAAUUCAAAAUAUUACUUCUUUAAAAGAUUCAAUGAUCGCGUUUCUACUUCAACUGCAUUCCAAUACGAAUUUUUCUCGGAAAGACGUAUUCGAAAUUCAAAAUUCCGUAACAGAGUUAAUUUCAACCCCAAUAUGUGAAAUAUUAAGAGCCAUUAGUAAUUUUCAUGAAAAUAAUUCUGUAAUUGAGGAAGUAAUUAAGAUUAUAUCAGCCAUUUUAUGAUUUAACCACCAAAUACAAAUUUUUCAAAGAAAUAGAAAAACUAGACCUGGAUAAACAUCUGCAAAAAUACAUUGUUAGCGACGAACUCUCAGAAGUCAUACUUAAUAACAACCCAACUUUAACCUCAGAUAGAACCGAAAUAACCCUAUCAGACAUUCCUUUUCAAAUUAAAAAAUUUUUUGAGAGUAAAGGGAUUUUAGAGGCAACGCUUUUAAAUAUGAAAAACUUUUCAGAAAACCUUCCUUAUACUCAUUUCAUCAAUAGCAGCUUUUGGCAAAAUUCAAAGAAAAAUAAUGUAACGAUUCCAUUUUUUUUUUGUAUAUGGAUGACUUCGAAAUUAAUGAUCCUUUGGGCAGUAAAUCUGGCCAACAAAAAGUUUGCGGUAUAUAUUAUAACUUUCCAAGCGUACCUCAGUACCAACUUAGCAAAUUAUCAAAUAUAUUUGUAGCAGGGGUUGUUAAAGUUCGAGAUCUACAAGAUUGUGUUCUGAAUAUUUUAAAAACAUUGAAAAUUAAUGGCCUUCAAAUAAAUGUAGAUGGCAAAAGCUGUAUAAACAUUUUAAACUAAUCGCGUAAGCGGUGUCUACGCCAAUUAAGAAGAAGAAGAUUAUAUAAAUUCUAUUACAAAACCCAUACUAAUAAACCUAAGUUUCAGAAUUGUAAGAAAAAGUUUUUAUCAGUUUGUAGUUUGAUAAUUCAUUAAAUUUUUGUAUGUAUAGUAUUUAAACUAUAAUAAAAAAAAUAAUAAUGUGAAUUAUUUGUGAAAAGAUCCCAAAACCUUUCCCAUAUUUUAUUACUUACGAAAAGAAUCAUGUUAAGUUAUUUAAGUUAUUUUUUUACCCAACUUAUGUAAUAAAUAAACGUAAAAUGUUUAGAAUUGAAUGAAAACCUUAAUAUGUAAUAUCUGUAAUUUGUAUUAUCAACUUAUGCUUUUUAAAUAAAUGCAAAGCUCUAAACUUAUUAGAAUACUAAAACAUGCUUUUUAAUAAAUUCAAGAAGAUAGCUCUAUAAAAUUAAAAGGUAAACUUUUUAAUAAAUUCAAGGAGAUAAACUUAUAAAAACAAUAAGACAAACUUUUUAAAAAUAAAAAGAUUGACUUUUUAAUGAAUUUAAGAAGAUAUUCACAUAAAAUAUCGAAGAUUUCUUCUUGAUUUCAUUGAAAAUAUUUUCCUAUUUGGAAUAAGAAGGCGUUCUUCUUGAGGAAAAACCAUAGAGAUAUCUUUUUACUUUUGUUCUAUUUUAUUAGGUACUUUUCGCUCUGUGUAUGCUUACAGAUUCGCGUAUUUGCAAUGCGCAAACGACUAUGGAUAUCAUUUAUAGAUAUUCUCCAUAUAUUUGAUAACAAAGCUCAUAUGUACUUAUAUACUUAUCUAUGUACAUUAGAGUAAUUCAAAAAAAAAAUAUUUUUUUUUCGUUUGGUACUUGGAAAAAUAGGUUCCUAGACACCUCUAAGAAAGCCUUUCCAAAUAUGAGUUUUUAAUUGUAACGGGAAGGUCCUCCUACAUACAGUUUUCAAUUUUUUCUUAUUAUCAGAUAGAAAAAUUUAUAUCUCGCUUCCAACUACUUGGAAAAAAUGUCCUGUUCCUAAGAUUUUGUAGGAAAUUGAAUGCUCUACAAAAAAGGUGUAUUAAGAUUUUUUCGUAAACCCAAACGUUUAAAAGAUAUUAACAGUUAAAGUUUGAUUAUUUUUGGGAAAAUUUUUUAUUUCAUAUGAAUUUUAUAACUCAAUGAAAAAAAAUUAUUGUGUCACUGCGUAAUUUCUGAAAAAUAGGUUCCUAGACACCUCUAAGAAAGCCUCUCCAAAAAUCUAUUCAUAAUAUUUUUUUUUCAUUGAGUUAUAAAAUUCUUAAGAAAUAAAAAAAUUUCUCAAAAAUAAUCAAACUUUAACUGUUAAUAUCUUUUAAAUGGUUGAGUUUACGAAAAAAUCAUAAUAGACCUUUUUUUGUAGAGCAUUCAAUUUCCUACAAAAUCUAAGGAACAAUAUAUUUUUUUAAGUAGUUGGAAGGGAGAUAUAAGUUUUUCUAUCUGAUAAUAAGAAAAAAUAGAAAACUGUAUGUAGGAGGACAUUCCCGUUACAAUUAAAAACUCAUGUUUGGAGAGGCUUUCUUAGAGGUGUCUAGGAACCUAUUUUUCUAAGUACCAAACGAAAAAAUUUUUUUUUUUUUUUUGAAUCACUCUAAUGUACAUAUGUAUGUAUGCGCAAUUUGACCUAUUUAAUGAUAAAUUCCAUUAAAUCUGUUGGAAUUUAUAAUAAAGUCAUAUUUCCAUUAUUACCUAAAUAAAUAUAUGUACAUACAAGUUAUCACAGCUAAAAGUACAACAACAAAGUUGUCGUACUCGUAGCUAGCAAAUAUACUGAUAUUACCCAAUUCAGCAAUAUUCCGUAAAAAUACAAUAUCAUUGCUCAAUUUCCAAAAUUUACAACGACAGCACAUUUCGUCGGCACUAAACCAGAACGGAAGUCGUGCCGCCGCAAUGUGAGCCGUUUCUCGACCAAACUGAGGUUUGCUGUUUGGCUAUAAUUAUUGCUUACGUUAGUAUAUAGAAAUAAGUACUAGUAAGUAAGAAUUAGUACAUAUGUAAGUUUAUAGUAUAUAAGAAAAAUUCUGUAUAAAAGAAACGUUUUUAAUAAAGAAAUGCGAGUUCGACUUCACCAUUCAAACCAGCGUGUUGUUAAUCAUCUGGUGGCAAGCAUUAACUGGCGCCCGAGACUUCAAAUUUAAAUUGUCUAUAUCGGUUGAAAAAAGCAGCGUUAGAAAACUCUUAAUCGCGCAUUGAUAAAAUUGUUGUUGCCCGCGAGCAGAAAAACAAAAACAGCGUUAGGAAACUGCUGUUAUCUAAACAAAGUGUUUAAAGUAACUCUAAUCGCACAUUAAUAAAACCUCUGUUAUCCGCGUGUAAGUAACUAAGCAGCUUAACAAAACUGCUGUUAUCUAAAAACGUGCUCAAAGAGACUCAAAACUGUGCAUUAAUAAAAACUAUUGUUGCCCCUAAACAAGAAGGAAUCAACGUAGAAAAGCUGCCAUAACACCAAGUGCUCAAAGUGACUCUAAUACGACAAUAAUAACUGUGCAACUGAGAAAAUUAUUCUCGCAGCAUAUUCAACUGUGUAGACAAAAGUGCAAAACCACCAAGACAACAAUCAAAGCCUGAACUGUGACGUCAUCCACUCCCAAGUAGCGGAGUAAAACACCUCAAAAAGGAACAAGUGGACCGCCCGAUAUCAGGAUGCAGAAGCUGAUACUCCCGAUACUGUUGUAAGAAUUAAAAUUAAGUUAUUCACCUUUUUGUAAUCAAAUUUAUGUAUUGAGCAAUUUAAAAUAAAUUGUAAUAAGAGCGAGAUUAUAACAAUUAGCAAUAGAAAAAAUUGUAAAAACUGGUGAGCCUCAGUAUGGAGCAAGUACAAGAAGCCAUCACACACUUGACAGGCGCUAUAAACGCGCAAAUCGAGCAAGCUAAGAUAUUAAACAAUAGAAUAAAUCAAUUAGAAGCUAGAAUCAACCCACACAGCGAAAGCGCUAACCCAAAUUACCUUAUUCACUUAACAGAGGCAGACCUAGCCGAAAUUAGCAGAUUGCCUGAUAGUGUAAAGAACCUACCGACAUUCGAAGGAGACCCUAUCCAAUUUAUCUCCUGGAUCCACAAUGUGGAAUCUAUUUUACAGGACUAUGAGGUGAUAAGGACGAAGCCACUCUAUAGAGCCAUCUUACGGCACAUUAGGCAAAAAGUGAAAGGUCCUGCGGAUACGGCCUUAAUAUCAUAUAAUAUAUUUGAUGACGACUGGGUGACAAUCAAGAGUUGUUUGUCACUGCACUACGCAGACAAACGCGACCUAAGGACCCUAGAACACGAACUAGGAUCCUUAUCUCAAAAGCACUUUAGCGUAGAGCAGUUCUAUGCUCGAAUUAAUCACCAAUUAUCUUUGAUAAUCAAUAAAAUAAAGGGACAGGACUAUUCCAGAGAAACAAGUAGCGUGCUACUAGAAACUUAUAGGAACCGAGCCCUUGACGUAUUCAUCAGGGGCCUAAACGGUGAACUAUCCAGGAUGCUAGUCUUCCAGCGACCCAAGAACUUACCCGAAGCAUACGCUUCCUGUCUUGAAAUACAAAACAUAAACUUAAGAAACUAUUCAAUCUACCCAAGGAAUAUAGGUAGCUUAAGCCAAACGCAAAGAAACCAAAUGAACCAAAAACAGGUAUUUGUACCAAGGGAAUUAAACUCGUUCAAAAAAAAUCAAAUCUAUAAUAAAAAUAUUCAAACUCAAGCGCUACCUCCACCUAGGCCAACCCAACCCAAGCCUGCGGUCCCGAUGGAGGUAGACCCUUCAAUACACUCACGAAGAAUAAACUAUAUGAAUAGUACUGCCACUAAAACAAAAUAUCUCUAAACAAAUAAAUAAUAUUCAAGAAAACCCCUAUGAACAUGAAGUUAAGGAAAUGAUAAAUAAAUAUUGGGAACUUUUCGGACCAGUCUCCGACAGUGGGACAAUCGACACAACUGUAUUAGCAGAAAUUAGAACAACAAGUGAAGAACCGAUAUAUACAAAAUCAUAUCCUUACCCAACAAACCUACGGGGCGAAGUGCUACGUUUAUAUCGAUGAUUUUAUAAUAAUAGGAAAAACUAAAGAGGAACACUUACGAAAUAUUGAAGAUGUGUUCAUGCUUUUGUACAAGUCAAAUUUAAAAGUCAAUCUGGAAAAAUCUAAAUUUUUUAGAACAGAAGUAAAUUUUCUAGGUCAUAUCGUUACCGGCGAAGGUAUUUUGCCAGAUCCUGACAAAAUAUCCGCUAUUAAAAAAAUUCCCGCACCUGCUAACCUUAAGGAAUUAAAAGGCUUCCUGGGCUUAGCAUCGUAUUAUAGAAGAUUUAUAAAAGACUUUGCAAAAAUUGUCAAGCCACUUACCAAUUUAACUAGAGGUGAAAAUGCUCAAAUAAAAGCAAGUCAAUCCAAACGGAUACAAAUCUCAAUAACAGAGGAAGGCUUGAAAUCAUUUAAUGACAUAAAAUAUUUGCUUACAUCCUCUGAAAUUCUGGUAUUCCCAGACUUCAACAAACCCUUUAUUCUGACGACAGAUGCUUCCAAUACUGCAAUCGGAGCAGUCCUUUCACAAGGGAUAAUCGGUCAAGACAGACCCAUAACUUACAUCUCUAGAUCACUCAACAAAACCGAAGAGAAUUACUUGACAAUAGAGAAAGAAAUGCUCGCCAUAGUAUGGUCCCACGACAAAUUAAGGACUUACCUGUAUGGAGCUAAAGAAAUAAAAAUUCUUACUGAUCACCAGCCACUGACGUUUGCACUAAGCAACAGUAAUAACAAUGCCAAGUUAAAAAGGUGGAAAGCAAGGAUAGAAGAAUAUAAUUAUAAACUAAUUUACAAACCAGGAAAAACAAACGUAGUCGCCGAUGCGUUAUCACGGCUGCCAAUAGAAGUUAAUACGCUAACAUCCACAGAUGAAAAUACACAACAUAGCGCAGAAGAGGAUAGCUCAAAGCUCAUUCCUCACUGUGAAGCUCCAAUUAACGUAUUUAAAAAUCAAGUUAUAUUUACAGAAGGAAAGGAGGAGAUUACACACGAAGAACCUCAUCCAAGCUUCCACAGACACCUCAUUAAAUGUGAAGUUUACGAUAAAGAAAACCUAAGUAAAAUCUUGAAAAGCGUCCUAAACCCAAACAUAAUCAAUGGAAUUAAAAUCCAAGAAAAAUACAUUUCAUUACUACAGCAAAUAUAUCAAGAAAAUUUCUCACAAUUUCGUAUCAGGAUAACACAGAAAGUAGUUACCGAUAUCGCAGACGAAGAUGUCAAAUUUAAAAUAAUAGAACAAGAACACAAAAGAGCCCAUCGCAAUGGUAAAGAAAAUAAAGACCAGAUAUUGGAAAAAUACUAUUUUCCACAAAUGACUAAACUUAUUAAAAAAUAUACUAAAUCAUGUGAAAUUUGCGGAUGUAAUAAGUACGACCGGCAUCCACAAAAACCCAAGUUACAGGCAACACCCAUACCUUCGUAUCCAACAGAAAUACUGCAUAUCGACAUUAUAGAAAUGUCCGGCGAAAAAUAUAUUUCGUGCGUUGACAAAUUCACUAAAUUUGUAAAAUUUUUCAGGAUAAAAAAUAAAUCAGUACUGCAUAUCAGGGAUAAAUUGAUAAAGCUUCUACACUACUUCACUGUACCAAAGACUUUGGUCAUGGACAAUGAAGGCAGCUUUGUAAGCCCAAUAACUCUGAACUAUUUAGAAGGGUUAGGAAUUGAAAUCUAUCUGGCACCACCUCAGAAAAGCGAAGUCAAUGGUGCGAUAGAACGUGUGCAUUCCACUAUUAUUGAAAUAAUCAGAUGUCUCCAAGUAGAAUACCCUGAUUUCUCUAUUAAAGAAAUUGUCAACAUUGCCGUUGACAGAUAUAAUAACACGAUACAUUCAGUUACGAAAAGGAAACCAGCUGAUAUUUUCUUUGGAAGAACACAGAGAAUCAACUACCAAAAUUUAACAAACUUUAAGGAAAUAGUUAAUACUGAUCUUCGAAAUGAAAUAGCCAGAAACCAAAAAAAUACACUAAAUUAUCACAACAAAAAUAGGUCAAAAAUAAGGAAUUACGAACCUGGUGAUACUAUAUUUAAAAAGAACAAACAAAUUAAAGGGAAAACGAAACCCAUUUUUAAAAAAGAAACUGUCGCUAAAGACAAUACCGUCACAAUAACUACUAAAGAUAACAGAAAGAUUCAUAAAUCACAUUUAAAAAACUAACUGACAUUUACUCUUUAGACUCUUACCUUGUUGGACAACUGCAACAGUGGACACCUACGAAUAUGACAGCCCGCUCGUGACGAUCAAACAAGGACUAGGAAAGAUUACAAAAGGGACGUAUAAAAUUAUCCACACUAUCGACUUGGACGACUACGAAAAAAUUACCAACGACGUCAGACUUACUAUAUACCACGAAAUUAGUAAAACAAAUAUUUUAUUUCCACAAUUAAAACAUCAACUUUCCGAGAUAGAUAGCUUAUUAAGCCAACUGCGAACAAAAAAUGCAACUAUUCAAAAGAGAUCAAUCAAUUGGAUAGGAUCUGCUUGGAAAUGGUUAGCAGGAAAUCCCGAUGCCACUGACUGGGACCAAAUACUUUCCACAACACAUGAACUGACUGAAAACAGUAACGUACAGUACACCACAAACCAAUACCUUAUCAAGACAAAUAAUAAAAUAUUAGAUAGUUAUAACAUGAUUGUGGAUGAAAUAAGUAAGAAUAAUAAGGAAUUAUUCGCACAAACAUUAUAUAAUAGGUUAGGUAUCGUAAAAGACGAAAUUGCAAAAAUUAUAAUGGCAACCCAAUUAGCUAAACAAGGAAUCGUUCAUUCCCAAAUUCUAAAUAAAGAAGAUAUCGCAAAUAUUCUCUCUCAAACUGAGACAUUACCUUUUAAAAAUGAACUGCAAGCACUCAAAUAUGCAGAACCUUCUAUGAUUAUUAAAGACUCACUUCUUUUAUAUGUAAUUUCACUUCCCAAAACCGAAGAUACCCUUUACAAUAAUAUUAUCAUACGUUCGACAGUAAAACACCUUAAACGAGUAUACUUAGAAUUCACCAAUAUUUUCAUAUCCCAAAACGACAAAUAUGGCAUACUUGGAAAUUGCAUUGAAGUAGAUGAUACUACUAUAUGCAAGAGAAACCAACUUAAAAAACUAAACAAAACCCAUUGCAUUUCACAGACCCUUAGCGGAGAAAAAGCGCUCUGCGAUUACCAAUAUGUAAACCAAGCUAUAAUUGAACUAAUUAGUGAAGGAACAAUAUUUCUUUCAAAUUUUAUUGGAAAUAUUACUUAUAAUAAUACUUCUUUUAAACUAAAUGGUACUUUUCUCAUAAACUUCUUUAACGAAACUAUAACUUUGAAUAACGUUAGUUACACAAACUGGCAAACAAGUUCCUACCAAAUCCUACCCGCAAUACUUCAGAAUAACCUAACGGAAAAUGAAAUUAAAUUAGACUUAAACUAUUUACAUAAACUACAUUUAAAUAAUGUAAAUGAACUAGAACGAAUAACAUCAAAAAACAUUAUUUCAAUUAGCUCAAGCUUCUUAGCAAUUCUUGUUGCAGUAACACUAUCAUUUGUUUUAUAUAUCAUACUCAAACCAAAAACCAGGAAUUCAUUUCUUAUCCCACCAAUAAUGGAUUACCCACAGCUUACAGUAGCCAAUAAUUCUUAAUCAGCGAGACGCUGAUGCUUAAGAAGGGGGGAGUUAUCACAGCUAAAAGUACAACAACAAAGUUGUCGUACUCGUAGCUAGCAAAUAUACUGAUAUUACCCAAUUCAGCAAUAUUCCGUAAAAAUACAAUAUCAUUGCUCAAUUUCCAAAAUUUACAACGACAGCACAUUUCGUCGGCACUAAACCAGAACGGAAGUCGUGCCGCCGCAAUGUGAGCCGUUUCUCGACCAAACUGAGGUUUGCUGUUUGGCUAUAAUUAUUGCUUACGUUAGUAUAUAGAAAUAAGUACUAGUAAGUAAGAAUUAGUACAUAUGUAAGUUUAUAGUAUAUAAGAAAAAUUCUGUAUAAAAGAAACGUUUUUAAUAAAGAAAUGCGAGUUCGACUUCACCAUUCAAA